AUGCCUCGACGAGGUAAUGAUAUGGAGAUUCGUCUCCCUUCCAAGAAGCUUAAAAUUGUCGAAGAACCACCAAGUUUAGACAUCAGUUUCUGUGAUGAUGAAGCUCUGCCGCCAGGCAUAGUUUUUACGGAUAUUUUACAAAAAGAAUGGCGUAUAGGCAAACCUAUAGGUAGAGGGAGUUUUGGUAGAAUUUACUUAGCUUCUGAUGAAACAGAUAAAGAAGUAACAAAAUUAAAUGCCCGUUAUGUGGUCAAAAUUGAACCACAUACAAAUGGGCCUUUGUUUGUUGAAGUACAUUGUCUCAUAAGAACAGCACAAGUUUCUAAAGUUAAAGCUUGGCGCCAACAAAAUAUGCAGAAACGUUUAGGCAUGCCACCUUACAUAGCUAGUGGAUCUUUUACUGAUAAAAAUUCUGGUGUAAAAUACAGAUUCUUAGUUCUUCCAAGAUAUGAUGUAGAUCUUCACAAAAUAAUAUCUAGAACAAAAGUUUUAGACUUAAAAAAUAUUCUUAUAAUAGCCAUACAAAUACUGGAUGUUUUAGAAUAUUUGCAUAACCAAGGUUAUACACAUUCUGAUAUUAAGAGCUCAAAUUUAAUUCUCGGGUUUGAUGGUAAUAAAUUCAAUAAAAUGAUGAAACCAACACCAUCCUAUCAAAAAGAUAAUAAACAACUUGUGCUCUUGUCAAGGAAACAUAAAAAAUCAAAGACAAGCAAAACAAGGACAUCUAACUAUUAUGACGAUAAAGAUUUUAUUGUAAGGAAAGACAGAAUCUCUAUGGAAUUCAUAGAAGAGAAUGAUAAAAGACUGGCUAGUGUGAAAAAGAAACUAAGAAAGAUCCUAUCAGAUAAAGAUAAUCGAACUUUACAUAGACACCAUGCAUUUAACUUAAGACAAUUGUCGAAUUGUGUCAAUUAUGAAGAUUUAAACAGUUCCGUGUGUUCUGAUCAGUCCUACCAAAAGCUUUUGGAUGAUUGUGGAAACAAAAGUUAUUUAUAUUCACCAAGGAAGUUACACAUAACAAAUACAAAUAAUAUUAUUGAAAGUGGAAAUUUAGAUGAAAUUCAUAAAGAAGCAAUUAUUUCACAGUCAAAUGGCCAAAUUUAUUUGUUAGAUUAUGGACUGGCAUCUAAAUUUCUUGAUUCAAAUGGUAAUCACAAAGAUUUUGGAAUGGAUGCGAGGAAAGCUCAUGAUGGUACUUUGGAAUACAGUUCCCGUGAUUCUCAUAUUGGAGCACAUUCAAGAAGGUCUGACCUAGAAACUUUGGGCUACAAUCUACUCGAUUGGCUUACAGGGACCUUGCCCUGGAAAACUACUGAAGUUUUAGCAGAACCUGACUUAGUUCAUGCUUUAAAGAAAAAUUUUAUGAGUGACAUUAAAUUACUUCUGAAAACUUGUUUUAAAACAGAAUUCUAUCCUCAGUUUUUGGAAAAAUACUUACAAUAUGUUACUAGUCUUGAUUUUACAGAAAAACCUGACUAUGACUAUUGCAGGAGUCUAUUCAGGAGUGAACUACUGAAAAGUGGUUGUGUUCUAGAUAAAGAACUGUCUGUUAAUUUCUCAGAACCACCAAUGUCACCAAUUAAUAGAAAAGUGUGUUAUUCAAAAAGAUUUGGCAGAAAAAAUACUCCUCCAGACUUUUUAGCUAGAAAUGGAAUUAAUAAAGCGUAUGAAAGGGAAAAUGUGUGUUCCUUAGAAAAUGACCUCAAAUUAGAACUCUUAAAACAAACCUUAAACACAUCAAAUGAUGGAAUUCGCAAGCCAUGCACUUCUCGAAAUUUCUUUAUAUCAGAUGCCGAUUUGGUCGCUCGCCUGAAAAAAUCUCUUAUGCCUCAUGACAUAUUCGGAAAAAAAUUAUCACCAAAAAACCUAAGAUCCAAGAAGAAAAAUAUAACAAAACGUAAUGGUGUAAAAAGGCACAGAAAUAGUAUUGGUAAAUUUGGCAAAUUCAUGGGCUCUGCCAGGCAAUUCACUUGGGCUGAAAUAUUAGCUGGCAACCCUGAAGAUAUUAUUCGCAAAGAAAGAAAUGCAAAUGACAAUGACGAAGAUGAUGAUUCUAAUUGCAAAUAUAGGAUUCGGAAACUUUCUAAUGCAUCAGAAAAUUCAGAUAGCAAUGCUCAGUCUCCAAUUCUCCAAAAAGAUUAUUUACAAGCAUUAAAUCCUACUUAUGCUAUGAAAGAAGUUAUAGCAAAUUUAAAGAAAAAAGUAAAUGGCAAAGUAACAAAAGAUGCUGAAGUGUCUUAUUCAGGCUUAGAAGGAUAUACACCGGCCAUGAUCAGAGUCUAUAAAAUGAAAGAAAAAAGGGAGGCAAAAGAAAAUAUAGAAACUUUAAAAAAAAUGAAUAUUGAUAAAGAAGUAGUAAUAAGAUGUACUCGAUCAAAAACUAAACUAUCUGAAGAAAAAUCUGAACAAAAAGUAGGGACAAGAUCUAAAUCUACUAAAAGAAACUCUAUGAAAAACAAAAGGGAUCAGGCAACUGAAAAUAAAACAGAACUAACUCCACUUAAGAAAAACAAUAGGAAAAAAAAGAGUCAAAGUAGCUCUAAAAAAGAAGUUAAAAUUGAAGAAAUUCCCAAAACCAAACCUAGAACUCCAAAAAAAACAGUGCGAAAAACCGAAGUUACAGUUUACAGGGGAAAACUAAGGAGCAGUAAACGCAAAAAGCAG